AUGUUAAGAUUAUCAUCCAUUAAAACUUCAUCAAUUAGAUCAAUUAGAUCAAUCUCCACUUCAAGAUCAUUGUUAUCCAACAGUGAAGGUGCUACUGCUUCAUCCAAAGAAUUCAGUGACAGAGAAAAAGCUCAAGAAACUGCUUAUAUCAAAAAACACGAAGCUGAACAAUUAAAAGCUUUAAAAGAGCAAUUAGCUAAACAAAAGGAAACCAUUGAUAAAUUAUCUGAAGAAAUCAAAUCAAUGGAAAAAUAG